UCAACCUCCUGCUCAUCGUCCACACCUAGAGAUGGCAUUCCGACUCGCUGUCCGUGCUCUUCCCCGCCGUGCUAUGCCUGUUCUUGGACGGAGGGGGUACGCAGAAGCCGUCGGUGCGGCCGAUAAGAUCAAGCUUUCCCUCGUGUUGCCUUACUCUACGAUAUUCUCUUCCGAGGAAGUGACACAAGUCAACCUACCCGCAGUGACGGGAGACAUGGGCGUCCUCGCAAACCACGUAGCGACGAUCGAGCCCCUCCGUCCAGGGGUGCUGGAAGUGAUCGAGUCCGUCGGACAGAGCAAGAAAUGGUUUGUGAGUUCCGGGCUCGCUACUGUGCACCCCGAUAACACCAUGACGAUCAACGUGAUUGAAGGUGCUCCACUGGAAGACUUCUCCGCCGAGGCCGUCAGGUCCAACCUUGCCGAAGCACAGCGGGUCGCGGCCGGUAACGGGUCUGAAGUCGAAAAAGUAGAAGCGGGGAUAGAAGUUGAGGUGUAUGAGGCUCUGCAGGCGGCGUUGAGGUAGAUCUUUUACCGUUUCUGAACCAGCGCUCUCCCAUCUGGUAGAGAUGCGGAGGUGGUGUUGGGAAAGGAAAGGUGUAGAUCGAAAAGAUAUCUGCCGGAAAGGCAGGAAAUUUGCUGAAUAUUAAUUAUUCUGCUCUUGG